GAUCUCGACUAUCUCUCAGUCAAACGUCAGGAAAUCCUGGAGAAGAGAAAAUGGCUGUGUUUCUAUCAAGAGCUAAAGAACCGUGUGGUAUCUGGACAAACAGUAGCAGAGGAAACGGCUUCAGCCCAACAAAUCGAAAUCGACGACAUUGACAUGAGUCUGAAAAGACUGAGCGACAGGGAAGAACAACUUCAAAGAUGCUACGACUCUAUCGCCAGUGGCUGCAACAACGACGGCAGAAUCAAACAUAUACUCUUCAACACAUGUCACACGACUGUUCCUCCUGAGCCUGAGCCUGAACCUGAACCAGUUUCUGGCGUAGACAUUUUCUACAUAGGGGAUCCACCGACGACGCCCGCCCCCAAAGUGAUUCUGGACAUGGACAAUCUUCCGCCGUGUCCAUGCAAGACGCGGUGUCCCGAGUGUGGGCAAUACAUCACCACAGUGACGCGCACCUCCAUCAGCAGUUUCACCUGGCAGGCAUGUUUCAUCACAGCUUUGAUCGGGUGCGUGGCCGGUUGUUGCCUGAUUCCCUUCUGCUUCGACACGUUCAAGUCCAUCACACACAAAUGCCCAAAGUGUCGCACCUCAAUCGGUACCAUUAAAAAGCUCUGAGGGGGAAAACGGGACGACUGAAACUCACGGACAUUUGUAUUUCAGUCAGACAGGACAGUGUGACGUUGACUUCUAUACUCUUGUAGACUAUAUAUAAAUGUAUAUAAUGUUGGAUUUCUAGUUAA